AUGAACAGAGGGUGGGAGUCUGCCAUAUUUAACUUCCAGAGCCUGCUGACAGUGAUCCUAUUGCUCAGCUGUACCUGUGCCUAUCUCAGAGCCAUGGCACCCAGUCUCCUGGACAAGAACAAGACCGGCCUCUUGGGUAUCUUCUGGAAAUGUGCUAGAAUAGGUGAGAGGAAGAGUCCGUACGUGGCGGUUUGUUGUGUCAUCAUGGCCCUCUCCAUCCUCUUCUCCAACUACCCACCCUGCCCCGCCCUGCACACUGGGAUUCCUAGUGGCGGAAUAAAGAAGACUGAGUCAUUCAGGAGAAGCAGCAGCAGUAUCUCCACUCUCACAGAGGAGGCCUGUACGGGACACAGCUGUGUUUCUCUUCGGUGGGGGGCCGCGGGGGUCGCGGUUAAUGGACUGUUGUAA